GAGGCGGGGCUGGGUCUGGGAGGGGGCGGGACCUGCACUGGUGGGGCGCGGAGGGAGGAGACACGGCCUAGUGCCCGAGUGCGGGCCGUUGGUUGGUGCGCGGCUGAGGGGUGUGGCGCGAGCAGCGCCGUUGGUUGGCCUGCGGCAGGCCGGGACGGGCAUGGCCCUGCUGCUGUGCCUGGUGGGACUGACGGCGGCGCUGGCCCACGGCUGUCUGCACUGCCACAGCAACUUCUCCGAGAAGUUCUCCUUCUACCGCAACCAUGUGAACUUCAAGUCCUGGUGGGUGGGCGACAUCCCAGUGUCAGGGGUGCUGCUCACCGACUGGAGCGACGACACGAUGAAGGAGCUGCACCUGGCCAUCCCCGCCGAGAUCACCCGGGAGAAGCUGGACCAAGUGGCGACAGCAGUGUACCAGAUGAUGGAUCAGCUGUACCAGGGGAAGAUGUACUUCCCGGGGUAUUUCCCCAACGAACUGCGAAACAUCUUCCGCGAGCAGGUGCACCUCAUCCAGAACGCCAUCAUCGAAAGCCGCAUCGACUGUCAGCACCACUGUGGCAUCUUCCAGUACGAGACCAUCUCCUGCAACAACUGCACAGACUCACAUGUCGCCUGCUUUGGCUAUAACUGCGAGUCCUCGGAGCAGUGGGAGUCAGCUGUCCAGGGCCUCCUGAACUACAUACAUAACUGGCACAAACAGGACACGAGCAUGAGAGCCACCCCAGCCUUCCUGGUAUCGCCGGCCUUAAGGUGUUUGGAGCCCCCACACCUGGCCAACCUGACUUUGGAAGAUGCUGCCGAGUGUCUCAAGCAGCACUGACGGCAGCUGGGCCUGCCCCAGGGCAACGUGGGGGCGGGGUCUCGGCUGGACAGCCCCUGCCUGUCCCUCUGGAGCUGGGCUGCUGCUGCCUCAGGACCCCCCCUCCACCCCCGGACAGAGCGGAGCUGGCCAGGGCCGGGAGGCGGGAGGGAGGGAAUGGAGGUGGGCUGUGCGCAGGUCCGCAGAGCUGCGGGAUGUGAUGAUUAAAGUCCCUGAUGUUUCUCUUU